AUGAGAAAUAGCCGAUAUAAAGUCGUUAUAUGUGAAUACUUUGGAGUGAUGAGUACUCCUGUGCUUUAUAAGCUAGCUAAAACGGAAUGGGACUAUGGCGUACCAAGAACUUCUAGCUUUGAAAUACAUAUAGUAGGAGAAUUAUUAAGAGGUUUUUUAAUUAACCUUCUUAAACGAGAUGAUCCAGAUAAACCUUCAUCCAAAAUGCUAUUAGGAAAAGUAACAUUAUCUGAGAUGAUACCGUUACUUAAAGAGCAAGUUUUUCAAGCUGCUAAAGCUAAUAAAAUGCCUGCAAUUGUUCUUAGCAAUGUCAUUGAUGAGUUUCUGUCAUCAAUAAACGAUUUAAAAGUCAACAUUUUUCUGCUUCGAAGUUUGCAACGACUAAGAAAUUUAGGAUAUAAGACAUGCCUGCUAGCCAACACUUGGAUUAAUGAUUAUCAUUCUACUGAAUAUUCUGCAAGGAUGAAGUUAUUUAUUAAAUCAAAUUUCGAUUACUGUUACGAAUCAAAUCAAAUUCAAUUAGUCAGACCAGAUACACAAAUCUACCACUAUGCACUCGACCAGAUGGGAUUUAAGCCAGAAGAGGCAAUCUCAAUUGAAGCGGUUGAGGCCUACGCAGCAGCAGCCCAAAGUAUAGGAAUAACAGCAAUAUUGGCAGUUGAUCAGCCAACAAUCAUACAAAAAUUAGAGAAUAUCUUUCAAGUCAAUCUCAAAACGAUACCUAGACCUCCUGCAGCUACUGAAAAUAAUGUUAUCCAUGGCCAAGUUGUCACCAAGAUUCCCUAUCUUGCCAAGCUAGGCUAUCGAGCUAUUGCCCUUGAUUUACGAGGAUUUGGUCAAUCUAGUUGUCCACCAGCGAUAUUAAUUGGCCACGACUUAGGCAGUAUCAUUGCUUGGUUUUGUGCUUUACAUUUUCCAGAUCGUGUUGAAGCCGUAGGCAGUCUAAACGUACCAUAUAAACCUCAACAUCGAUAUAAGAACUUUCUACAACAUAUCAAAAAAAAUCCGAGACAAUUCGAUUAUCAGUUUUACUAUCAGCAAGAGGGUAAAGCAGAAGCUGAACUUGAGAAAGAUUAUAAACGCACAUUUAACGUUUAUUUAGGAGAUUAUGGUCCGAUUAGCUGGUUAAAAGAUAAAGUAGAUUUUAGUACUGUUCGGAAGAGAGGCGGCAUACUAGUAGGCUUACCAGAGGAACUACCAGAUACGCCCUUCUUAACCGAAGAAGAAAUGCAAGAGUACAUUAAGACUUUUAAGCAAACUGGAUUUAGACCUGGAUUAAAUUACUAUCGCACCUAUCCAAAAACUUGGAAGUGGAAUCUUAAAUUUAUUGGUAGACAGGUUUCUCAGCCGGCGUUAAUAGUCGUCGCAGAAUACGAUAAUAUAUUUCGACAGGGACUUGUUAAAAAUAUGGAGAAAUAUGUACCUAAUUUAACCACGUAUAGCUUAGAUUGCGGCCACUGCAUUCAGUUUGAAAGGUACUUUUAA